UAGUGAGGUGUGUCAAUGGAAGCCGAGAGAGCACCGUUGUAUGUCCGGUGUGUAACACGAAGGAUAGGUCUGACACUGCCGUGUUUGCUCGUCUGCGGAAAUGAAUAAACACACACCGUCACUUUUCGAGAGCAUCGAAUAACGAAAGAUUGAAGUUUGCGACUUAAACAGUGAGACUGUUGUUAUGUUCCGGGUCGUGGGGACGUCUCCACUGUAGCCCACACGGCGUAUCUGUGAUCAGGCUGUUAUCACACCAGUGACCGUGAUGCGUUUUAACGAGAAGGAGCUGGCUUCACUGAGCCGCCAGCCUUCAGAGAUGGCAGCUGAACUGGGGAUGCGAGGACCCAAGAAAGGAGACGUUAUUAAAAGGAGGCUGGUGAAACUCGUCGUCAACUUUCUCUUCUACUUCCGGACUGAUGAAGAGGAGCCAGUCGGAGCGCUGCUGUUGGAGCAGUGCCGGGUGGAGAGGGAGGAGAGCCAGAGCUUCUCCAUCACGUUCCUUGAUGAAGCAGAAAGGAAGUAUUUGUUCGAGUGUGAUUCAGAGGAACAAUGUGGGGAAUGGGUUGACUCCAUUAUCAAAGCCAGUUAUGAGUUUAUGAGGAAAAAUCUCAUAUUUUAUCGAACCGAAAUCCACAGGCUCACUGGCAAGGACCCCCUGGAGCAGUAUGGUAUAUCAGAUGAAACCCGCUUCCAGGUCAGCAAUGGGCUGCAAUCGAUGCCUGGGGAAACCUCCUCACUGUAGACCAGCAUCCUGCCAUUCCAAAAUCCACUCCUUGCUCAUCUGAAAGCCAUGGCAUCAUCAUUCAGACAGAGACUUUUACAUUUCCACUGCUUUGAUUAUAUGUAGUGUUGCCUCUGACGUACAUUACGCAGAUUUUACAGCUGGAUAUCCAAGGCCAUCUUCUACUACUUCUCCUAUUUCACUGUCAAUCAUUCCAGGUAAUGCAAGGCUUUAGAUAAACAGGCAACAGUCUUAUUUUUGGUUUAUGGAACGUAAUACAUAAACUUUUCUCUCAAGGCCUUUGCCUUAGCUAAUCAUUUAUAAAAUUAUAUAUUUUACAAUAUCAUUUUGAGCACCACUGAUUGCACAUGUGUUGUUGAAAUGCAGCUGUGACUUUCUUUUAGGGUUAUUAGAAAUUUUAGCAUCACUGUUAAACAAGCAAAGGUUCAGGAUAUAUGAACACUUAAUCAAGUGAGUGCACACUGUAGCAGAAGCGCGCGGCCAACUGAAAAACCUGCGGCAGUAUUUGCUGUCUUUAUUUGAACUUCAUGAGCCAUUUAACCUGUUCAGUUGAGCCACUCCUUUUUAUGCGUUGCUUGUGAGAAAAGAGAUUCUCAAUAAAUACCAUUGUGUAUUUAUUAGUCAGCCCAUUUAGAAUAUCUAUUUUUUUUAUUAUUAUAUAUUUGCACAUAUUAUUUUACUGGGUUUUAGGGUUUCUUUUAAAAUAGAAUUCUAAUUUACUUGAAUGCUGUAGCUUUUCUGUGGCACUUUGAAUGUGAUUCGUUUAGCUAAGCUGUGGGACCACGUUGGGAGACAAGAUUCUUGAAGUAAAUUUGAAAAUAUUACACACACUUCUUUGUCAAUGUAGUGUAAUAGUGUCAACCACAUUUCACUACAGGCCAUUGUUGUAUCUUGCAACUUGGUCAAAUGUGUAGUUAACCAGUCAGGAGUCUAACCACAAAUAGACAUGUCACUGAAUGUGUCUACAGUUUUUAAACCUUUUGCACAUACACUGUUUAUUCUGUUUUUACAUAAGCUUAGACUUUGUUUCAACCUUUUUUUAAACUAAUAAAGUCAUUUGAAAGAUA